AUGGAGGGUCAUUCAGGCCACGGCCGUCAGGCUAGCGCCUCUUCAAACCCAAACGAAGGCGCUGCUCUGCCAUGGAUCCUUGAACACCUCCUUGCGUAUCCCGGAAACUACGAGAUCCCUCUUCGAACCAUGUACACGCUGAAUUCGACCUCCAUCGCGCAGCCGCCGGCCCUCUCCCAGCCCUUGGUGCCACCCACCUCGGCAUUCGCACGCGACGCCCAGGGCAACGCGUUUCCCGCCACCAAGUCGAUCUACGAGAAGCAAAACGUGCAGAACGUGUCUGAUACCGCCGCGCUGUUCAAGGCGCAGCUGAUGUCCCAGAUUUCGCAGCUUCCUUCCCAGCCGUGCUCGCUGCCACCCACUUUUAUCUCUUCCUUUGUUCGUCGAUGCUUCCCGCCUGUUGUUGAGGAGGUCGAUUUCCCUCAGGCAUUGACUGCGUUGGACUACCUUCGAGAUCUUGAAAAUCGCAGAAAAAAGGGCGUCAUGGAAGCCUUGAGCAGGCUGGGUAUCUCUGGGGCUGAAGGGGAAAAGCAAGAACUUGCCAAACGAUACCCCGGUGUCCUUACUUGGAUCGAUACUAUGGAAAGCAAAGAAAGGGUCGCUGUGGCAUUGUAUACGCAGGUCUAUGUCAGACUUCGUCACUGGACUUUGAUCAAUGAAAUGCUGCUCGAACCAUUCAACAAGGCUAACUGCAUUGCCAUGCUCAAUACCCUCUUUCCCCCUGUCGCUUCCUCCCCACCGACCCCUCACCUCAAUCCAAAGAUCCUCCAGGAGCAGAGAAUGCAAUUUUUCAAUCUCAUCCUUGAGGUUGGUAAAAAGGGAAAGCAGGUUCUGGAACCGGUUAUUCAAAAGGAUAUGCGUGCCGGCGACACCACCGGAUGGCCAGUUGCUCAAGAUUACAUCGAAAAGUACCUUCGUGCUGCCAUGGCGAUCAUUGACGAAUGCUCUGAAGUUUCUGGCCGCCAGUCCUUCGAAGAGCCACCACCGUUUGAGGGGAAACACAAAGGAAGAAAGGUUGAUUCUGGAAUCAGUUUCUUGUCCAUCGACCGACCAUCCACAAGCAGCAGUAUCACUAGCCACAACAACAAGCAUCUGAAUAAGCCGCUUCCCCAAUCUCCGACCUCCAAACCCAAACACGGCGGAACAACACUAGAAAGAAUUGCCAAAGAGAUUCGCAAGAUGAAAUCACGUGGCGACAUCGGCGAUGCGGCGAAAGAAGAAAAGAGGAUGUCCAAGGGUCUUAAAAAGAUGAAAUCUGGUCUUCUCAAGGAGAAAGAAAAGCGCCAUUCUGGUAUGUUCGGAAAGUGA